UCAGUAGGCAGGAGGAGAGCUGCUGGAUUGGUCUGUUAGAUGUGUAGUUGGGAAACCACAGGAAAUCUUUAUUUCUGGCAAGUCUGCAUUUGUCAGAAUGCAUCACUGGUGUUACUAGAAAAAAAGGAAGCCCGCUGCUACAGAGAUUGAAAGGUAGAAGCAGCAACAGCUACAGAAGAUGACUGUGAAACUCCUUUGAAAACCACCUUAACCCUCUCUCUCAAGAGUAAAUUUAACCGUUGGAGGGCACUGAUUCCAUCUGACUGUCUGGAAAGUGUGGUGAAAAGGAUGCAUGUCAUGAAGAAGCAUUCCACCAACAGCAGUGCAAACUAGAGAACUUCUACCUGCAUUGCUGACAUUUGGCAAAAAUUAUACAAGAAGGCAUUCUGAUAUCAGAAUCUUGGGUUUGGGAUUUUCUUUUUCUUUUCUCCUUCAGUCCUGGAGAAGGAUUUUGUGUUCUUCUCCUACCUAUAAACACACACAAGGAAAAUACAAACCAGAACUUGGAAUCCUGCAGACUUUCCAAAGAACAGACAUGGUACAAAAUGUGAUUUUGGUGUUUUUCCGCAGGCGACUCAGCCAAAGACCUGCUGUUGAGGAGCUAGAAAGAAGAAAUAUACUUAAACAACGAAACGAUCAAACCGAACAGGAAGAAAGAAGGGAAAUCAAACAAAGACUGACAAGAAAGCUUAACCAGAGACCUACAGUAGAUGAACUAAGAGACAGAAAGAUCCUGAUUCGAUUCAGUGAUUAUGUAGAAGUGGCAAAAGCACAGGACUAUGACAGACGAGCAGAUAAACCAUGGACAAGACUAUCAGCAGCCGAUAAGGCAGCAAUUCGGAAAGAGCUAAAUGAAUACAAAAGUAAUGAAAUGGAAGUACAUGCAUCAAGUAAACAUUUGACAAGAUUUCACAGGCCAUAGGAAUUUUCUUCUGAGAAGAAUCUGCCCUUACUUUUUGAUAUUGCUGCUGAACACACGUGGGGGAAUCAUCUCUCCCUAAUGUUCAGUCCUGGAUACCUUGAUGUUUAUGAGAAAGGAGGAUUGUGGACGAAAAGUGCAGCACUUAAAUAAAGAGGGAAACACCAGAGAUGUUCUUCACUUUGAAGCCAGAAGAGCAAUGGCCUGUUGAAUGGGAUUAGCUGCUGAAAAAGACUGAAGUAAAACUACUUGAAAGAACCUACUACUCUCCUUUACCACUUGUUUUAAACUGUUUUGCAGUCUAUCAUGGAAAAGGAGAUGUGCAUGUACAGGCUUUACCAUUCCAAGGCCUCUGACAUAACGGACAUGACGCACCGUCAUUCAGUAUUACGUUGACAAGACAUUUUGAACUUACCACAAUUAGUUUGUAAAACGCUUAAGUUCAUGUUCUAAAAACUAAUUUAAUGUAUUAUAAUUUCAUUCUUUUUUUAUAUAUUGUCUAACAAACACAGCUGCAAGCAUUUUUGACUCCUGUUACUUUUGUUCCUUAAUUAAAUGACUACUUAUUGCAGGAAAUGAACAUGUUUCCUGAAGAUGUUUUUUUCCCAGGGACAGUCGGGAAGGGAAUUCAUUUAUGAUGCACUAGAUCACAUCCCUUCUUUAUCAACAGAGAAUCUUCAAAAAGAUCAUUUUAGCUAAGGAUCUCCAUCUUAUGUAAUACCAACAUUUUGCACCAGGCCCUUUGCAUACUACAUUGUCAUUACACAGUACUUUCAGAUCUCUAAAGAACGACAGAUAAGUUCAGUUAAUAUCAUUAGAAGUUACUACUUUGUACAACCGCAGAUAAACAAUUGAUAUGAAAUUGUACUUUCAUGCUU